AAGUCGAGUAGCGCGAAGUGAGCAGCGGAACGCGGACGACGCGGUAAUAAGUAAUAAAGUGUGUAAAUGUGAAAGUGUUGAUUGCGAUUUACGUUUGUGAUGUACAUUGACGGAUAUCUUGUUCCGCGUAUGUAAUUGAUUGUCGGCGCAAGUGAAACAAUCGGUUUGACAACGCGUCCAGCGAGACAGCCGCCCCGCGUGCCUGUGAUAUGCCAAUUAUUAGCGCUUGCGGACCCGCGAAUGGAGGUCCUGCGGUUCUAGAGACAACCGACGCCAAGCAGCGAGCAACGACGUUCUCGACGCCGAGGCGCAAUUACUAAAGAUAUCUAAAAGUACAUCAUACCAAAAUGAGUACAGCUGUGGCAAAUGGAGCUGGCAACAGUAAGUCGGUUGCCAAACAAAAAACCAUUGAAGGCAUCUAUCAAAAGAAGUCGCAGUUGGAACAUAUCCUGCUGCGUCCAGAUACCUACAUUGGAUCUGUGGAGCCAGUAACAGAAAUGAUGUGGAUCUUUGACAAGGAGAAAGAAAUGAUGGUGCAGAAGGAUAUAAAAUAUGUUCCUGGAUUGUAUAAAAUUUUUGAUGAAAUCCUGGUAAAUGCUGCCGACAACAAACAACGCGAUCAUAAGAUGGAUAUGAUCAAGAUUGAUAUCGACUCGGAGAACAACACCAUUUCUGUAUGGAACAAUGGCAAAGGCAUUCCAGUAAUACACAAGGAAGAGAAUAUGUAUGUCCCUACCAUGAUAUUUGGUCAUCUUCUGACAUCGUCAAAUUAUGAUGACGAAGAGGAGAAAGUGACCGGUGGUAGAAACGGUUAUGGUGCCAAGUUGUGUAAUAUUUUUAGUCAUCGUUUUACUGUUGAGACCGCGACAAAGGAAUACAAGAAAUGCUUAAAACAAACAUGGGGUGAUAAUAUGGAAAAAGCUAGCGAACCUAGAAUUAAAGAAUAUUUCGGAGAAGAUUUCACGAAAGUUACAUUUUCGCCAGAUUUGUCAAAGUUUAAAAUGCAAUCUCUCGAUGACGAUAUUGUAUCUUUAAUGUCUCGAAGAGCAUAUGAUGUAGCUGCCUCUACGAAGGGCGUUAAGGUUUUUCUGAAUGGAACUCGUGUACCAGUAAAGAAUUUUAAGGAUUAUGUCGAUUUUUAUAUCAAAGGAAAAGAAGACGAUAUUGGUAACCCAUUGAAAAUUGUGUAUGAGGCUUGUGGUCCACGUUGGGAAGUGGCUCUCACUUUAUCUGAUAAAGGAUAUCAGCAAAUGUCAUUUGUAAAUAGUAUCGCAACAACAAAGGGUGGCAGGCACGUCGAUCACGUGACGGAGUUAAUAGUCAAACAAUUGAUUGAAACGUUAAAGAAGAAGAAUAAAGCUGGUGUAGCCAUUAAGCCGUUUCAAAUUAAAAAUCACAUGUGGAUCUUCGUUAACUGUCUCAUCAACAAUCCUACCUUUGACUCGCAAACCAAGGAGAAUAUGACUUUGCAGCCGAAAAGUUUUGGCUCUAAAUGUACACUAUCUGAUAAGUUUAUCACUUCGGUCACAAAAAUUGGUGUUGUGGAAGCAGUAUUAACUUGGGCGAAGUUUAAAGCUGACAGUCAGCUUGAAAAAUUAGGUCCUAAAUCAAAACAAAGAAAGCUUCACGGUAUACCCAAAUUAGAAGAUGCCAAUGAUGCAGGAACUGCAAAAUCACUGGAAUGCACACUCAUCUUGACUGAGGGAGACUCAGCCAAAACAAUGGCUGUAUCCGGUAUUGCUUCCAUAGGCAGAGAUAAAUAUGGCAUAUUUCCAUUGAGAGGUAAAAUGUUAAACGUACGGGAGGCUACCCAUAAACAGAUCUUAGAGAAUGCUGAAAUCAACAAUUUGAUAAAAAUCCUUGGUCUUCAAUAUAAGAAAAAAUAUAUAACUCGGGAAGAUAUGAAGACGUUGCGCUAUGGAAAGAUGAUGAUCAUGACUGAUCAAGAUCAGGACGGUUCACAUAUCAAAGGUCUGUUGAUCAAUUUUAUUCACCACAACUGGCCAUCGUUAUUGAAACUGAACUUCAUUGAAGAAUUUAUUACGCCUAUCGUGAAAGCCACUAAAGGCAGUCAAGUUUUAUCUUUCUUUUCUCUGCCGGAAUUCGAGAUGUGGAAGAAGGAAACGGAAAACUUUCACACAUAUAAGAUCAAAUACUACAAAGGUUUGGGUACUUCAACCGCCAAAGAAGCGAAGGAGUACUUCGAAAAUAUGGCCAGACACAGAAUACGCUUCCGAUAUGACGGCGAGCAAGACGAUCAAAAUAUCAUCAUGGCAUUCAGCAAGAAAUGCGUUGACCAGCGUAAAGACUGGUUGAUGAAUCACAUGAAUGAAACAAAGAGGCGAAAGGAGAUUGGCCUCAGUGAGCGUUAUCUCUACGAGAAGGACACACGCACUGUCUCUUUCUCGGACUUCGUUAAUGUCGAACUGGUGCUGUACAGCAAUUAUGAUAAUGUAAGAUCUAUUCCAAACAUGAUGGACGGCUUUAAGCCGGGCCAGAGAAAAGUAUUGUUUACUUGUUUGAAACGCAAUGACAAACGCGAAGUGAAAGUCGCGCAAUUGGCGGGAUCUGUCGCCGAACAUUCUGCUUAUCAUCACGGUGAGACGUCCCUGAUGGCGACCAUAGUUAAUCUCGCACAGAAUUUCGUGGGUAGCAACAACAUUAAUCUGCUACAGCCCAUCGGUCAAUUCGGUACAAGACUUUCUGGUGGAAAGGAUUCCGCCAGUCCGAGAUAUAUUUUCACGAUGCUCAGUCCUUUGGCAAGGUAUAUAUUCCAUAAACAUGAUGAUUUUCUGCUAAAACACGAAUACGACGAUAAUCAAAGGAUUGAACCUGUUUAUUAUAUACCUGUGAUUCCUAUGGUAUUAGUAAAUGGUGCUGAUGGCAUCGGUACCGGAUGGAUGACAAAAAUACCAAACUACAAUCCUCGAGAGAUAAUCGAGAAUUUACAAAGGAUGAUGGACGGCGCGGAUCCAAAACCAAUGAUACCGUAUUACAAAAAUUUCAAAGGUGUCGUAGAGAGCUGUGGGGAUUUUCGUUACGUUAUAAGUGGAGAGAUAUCAGUGAUCGGACCCGAUAAGGUAGAAAUCACUGAACUUCCUAUUGGCACGUGGACACAAGCUUACAAGGAAACUGUGCUAGAACCCAUGUUACAUGGAACUGAUAAAACGCCGGCUAUUAUUACGGAUUAUAAAGAGUAUAAUACAGAUACGGCAGUACAUUUUAUAGUAAUAAUGAAUCGCGACAAAUUAGUGGAGCUAGAAAGAGAUGGUCUUCAUAAAAUAUUUAAACUACAAACAACGAUGACCAUAACAUCGAUGUGUGCAUUUGACGAAAAUCAAUGCUUGAAUAAAUAUGACAGUGUAGUACAGAUAUUGAAAGGAUUUUAUAAAGUACGAUUGGAAACUUAUCACAAGAGGAAAGAUUAUCUGGAAGGAGCUUUGCAAGCGGAAGCGACAAAGCUGUCGAAUCAAGCACGUUUCAUCCUCGAGAAAUGCGAUAGCACUCUAGUGAUAGAGAACAAGAAAAAGAAGGACAUGAUAGCAGAAUUAGUCAGACGUAAUUAUGAGUCGGAUCCGGUGGUAGCUUGGAAACUAUCGCAGAAUAGGGAGCAAGUAUUGGAGGAUCAAGAAGAAGUUGCAGAAAACGAUGACGAGUCCACUCUAACCGCGAACACAAUGGAGAAGGAAAAUUUCGAUUACCUUCUCGGAAUGACGAUGUGGUCUCUGACGAGAGAAAAAAAGGAAGAUUUGUUGCGUCAACGAGACGAGAAGAUAGCAGAGUUGAAGAGAUUGCAAGUUCGCACGCCGAUUUCUUUAUGGAAAGAGGAUCUGGAUAAUUUGUUAACCGAAUUAAACAAGGUCGAAGACAAGGAGCAAAAGGAACAGAUAAAAUCGAAACAAGCCGUCAAAAAACCACCCUCGAAAUUCUACUCUAAGAUGGAAGACACUCGCCGGAUAGUUCCUAUUAUUGAUGUUGAACUGAAGAAAAAGAUUGAAAAAGCUGACAUCGUAUCGAAGGAUAAGAAAGAAGGCAUAAAAAAAUCAAGAGUAAAGAAAGAGCAAACUUCUAUGGAGGAGAAAGACGAGUUUGAUACGCUGGUCGAUUCUAAUACUAAAUCCCUCGAACAAAGACUUGGAAAUUCUCCUGAAAAGAUGGAAAAGAAAUCUGCAAAGAGAGGAUUAAAACAAACAACGUUACAAUUUAAGCCGGUCAAGAAAGGAGCCAAAAAGAAGGAUAAGGACUCAGACGGAAGCGAGGACAUUGAUUUUGGUAGUAUUUCGCCACUUCCGCAACCACGGUCGUCUCGUAGAGCCACAGCCAAGAAGAAUUAUAACUUUGACAGCGACGAUUCGAAUGAAAGUCAAGAAUUAUUCAAUCAGUCUUCCGAUUCGGAACAAACAUUCAAGAAGAAAGACUCCAUUAUAAUGCUGAGUGAUUCCGACGAUAAUAUUAAACCGAACAAGAAACUACAACCAGCACCGACUUCAGAAGAACUUUUUGAUUCGUUAGUCGGCAAUUCUCCUGAGAAGCAAUCUUCACCUGAGAAAAAACCUUUAGUAUCCUCAUCCGGAGAAGAUUCGCCUACAAAAUUUGCGCCACCUAAGAAGGCACGUCCCAAGAAAAAGACUGAGAACGGUGGUAACAAAGGAGUGAAGAGACAGUUGAAGAAGAAACCGAAAUCAUCCGAGGACUCUGACACAGAUGAGAUAUUUACCACUAAACAAAGAAAGAAGAAAAAGAAGGUAUCAGAAUCUGAUGAAGAAAGGGUAUCGGAUGAUUCGCCGCCCCGAACUGCCGGUAGAGCUCGAAAGCCAGUAUCUUACGCACUGAAGUCAGAUGACAGCGACGACUCCGAUUGAACAUCAUCGUGCACCCUGAAAAAUGCGAGUAGUUGACUGGAGUAGUUUAGAGUGUGAAUCGGAAACAAGACGAAACUCACAAAUCGUCAUGAAGAGACGUUGCACACAAGUUUAUUUGGAGAAUUUUCAGAGAUUUCGUCCCCGCUGAUUGUUGGUCGUGACAUUAGUAAUGAUUUUAUGUGAGGUGUUUCGAACAGGAUCUGCCAGAAUAUGGAAUAUGUUCUAAGAAUAAUUUUGAGAGCAGAAAUAAUUUGGAAUAAAAAUUUGUAUUUCUGCUUUUCUUGAGUAACAUCGAAGAUUUACUCGAGCAACACAAUUGCUCAACCUCUGGCACAUUCUUCCUGAAAUGCUCCAUACAAUGUUGUACAUAAUUUUGCUCUUUGAGUACGCAUAAAAGGUUGCGAAUGAAUGGAAUUUCGUGAAAUUAAAAUGCUGUAGACAGUGCUGCAGGACGUACCACCGAGUGUGCUCAGAAUACUCACGUAAAUUUCAUCAUAUGAUCGAAGUCUCCUUAGAAAAAAAUUUCUUUUAGUGCGGGUUGUAUAUUGUUAUAUUGUGAUAUCGAAUUUUCACGUGUUUGUGUUUUAGAUGUUUUAUUUUUCAAAAGCUCGAGGAGAAUACGUGGUACGCUUCUAUCUUGCAAAAAAAAAUGUCCAGCGCCGCCUCUAGGCUAGAUAGAUUAAUUAGUACCGCGCAAAACGAGGGAACGCUUCUCCAGCGCACAAUCAUUAUAUUAUUCUCCUCGUCGAAAUUUUGUUUGUAUAUGAUUCGAUAAAACUCAAAGAAAAAGAAAGAAUAGGAGAGAGAGAGAGAGAGAGAGAUAUAUGCCGAUUCCGGAAAAUAAACGUAGAAAAUGAAAUAAAAUAUGAAAUAUAUACAAUUUUUAAAUAUAUUUUUACAUAC